AUGGACUUAUUGUUGACAAUAACAAACGAGCAUGUACCGCAGGUCGCAAUAUCGGAUAAUAAUAAUAAACCUUGGAUUGAUAAAGAGGUCAUUCAGAUGAUGCAUAAAAAAGAUCGAAUGCGUAAAAUAGCGAAGAGAACGGGUGAUCAUACGGACAUUGAGAAUUUUGAAGAAAUUAGAAGAAAUGCUGGAAAGCUUAUUGAAGUAAAAUAUAAGGAUUAUUUGAACGAACUCAAAUCAAAUUUAACUGAACAUCCGAAACGUUUUUGGACAUUUAUUAAAGCAAAAACUAGAGCAUAUAGCACUCCUCAAUUUCUGAAAUACGGAAAUGUAUUCGCCACAGACGGCAAGGAUAAAGCUAAUCUCCUGAACAGUUUUUUUCACUCCGUGUUCAAUUCAGGGGUUUCUCCAGAAUCUAGUGAUGAAUACCGCAGUGAGGAAAAUUGUGAAAUUGUAGACAACAGUCUAAGUCAAAUUGUUUUAAACGAGAGUGAAGUGCUAGAUUGUUUAUUAAACCUAGACCAGACGAAAACGGGUGGACCUGAUGAUAUCUCUGCAAGGCUUCUUAAGACGGUUGCAAACGAAAUAACUCCGUCGCUAACACGCCUUUUUAACCUUUCUCUAAGAUUAGGAGAAGUUCCAUCCAUAUGGAAACAGGCGAACGUCACUCCGGUUCCGAAAGUUGGCGACGUGCAUUGCGUUGAAAACUAUAGGCCGAUUUCUCUGCUAUGCAUAGUCUCGAAAGUGUUGGAAAAAUGCAUCUACAACCGGUGUUAUGACUCUAUUUCCGGAAUUGCACACCAUUUAUAA